AGCGCCUCCGCCUUCUCUCAGUCAGCAGCAGUCCCAGUAGGAGCUCCCCUCAGAGGCGGCGGCGGUGGCGGCAAAAAAAAAAUAAUAAUAAUAAAAAAAUCGCCUCAGCUUUCUUUUAAUCAAUAAAACAAAACUAAAUUAACCAUCGGCGACAGUAAGCGAUCAUUAGCGACGUGAGCAGAGGGCCGCUCGCGAACGGUUACGUUAAAAAAAUAAAAAUAAAUACAAAUUAAUUUACCAAAAAAAAAAAAAUCGUGCGGGGUUUUUGUUAAGUUGGGGCAAAUUUUUUUGGUUUGUUUGUUUGUUGUUGUCGAUCCGAGUGAUGAAAAUGAACGGGAAAGUUAACGGGGAGUUGCCUCACCGCGGCGGUGGUGAGGACGGUGGUGAGGACGGUGGUGAGGUGGAGGUGGUGAUGGUUGGUAGUGAGGAGGAGGCGGCGGUGGUGGUGGUGGUGGACGCGACUCGGGGUGGAGUUCUCUCCCAUCCGCUGCCUGAGGGGAACUUUCUCUUCACCUCGGAGUCUGUGGGAGAAGGACAUCCUGACAAGAUCUGUGACCAGAUCAGCGACGCCGUUCUGGACGCCCACCUCAAGCAGGACCCAAAUGCAAAGGUCGCCUGUGAAUGCGUAGCGAAGACUGGUAUGGUGCUGCUGUGUGGGGAGAUCACCUCCAGUGCUGUGGUUGACUACCAGCGAGUGGUGAGGGAGACGGUGAGGAGCAUCGGAUAUGACGACUCCUCAAAGGGCUUUGACUACAAGACCUGUAAUGUUCUGGUGGCCUUGGAGCAGCAGUCACCGGACAUUGCCCUCGGGGUUCACCAACAUCGCUCGGAGCUCGACAUUGGGGCUGGAGAUCAGGGUUUGAUGUUUGGCUACGCCACGGACGAGACUGAGGAGCUGAUGCCGCUGACGGUGUCACUGGCUCACUCGCUCAACGCUCGGAUGGCGCAGCUACGUCGCGAUGGAUCACUGCCCUGGCUACGCCCAGACUCCAAGACCCAGGUGACUGUACAGUAUCGCCAGGAAUGUGGAGCGGUGGUGCCAGUCAGAGUCCACACCGUGGUCAUCUCAGUCCAGCACGACGAGAAGGUGUCUCUGGAUGAGAUGCGUGUGGCUCUGAUGGAGCGAGUGGUGAAGUCCGUUGUUCCGGAGCGCUACCUCGACGCCAACACUGUGUGCCACCUCCAGCCCAGCGGUCGCUUCGUCAUCGGUGGUCCUCAGGGAGACGCGGGGUUGACGGGCCGCAAGGUGAUCGUGGACACGUACGGUGGCUGGGGGGCCCAUGGUGGAGGGGCUUUCUCCGGCAAGGACUUCUCCAAAGUCGACCGCUCGGCAGCCUAUGCAGCUCGUUGGGUGGCCAAGUCGCUCGUCACAGCAGGGCUCUGUCGGAGGGUCCUGGUGCAGGUGGCGUAUGCUAUCGGAGUGAGCCAUCCGCUCUCCAUCUCAAUCUUCCACUACGGGACGUCUCAGCGCUCUGAGCGGGAACUGCUCCAAAUCGUCAACGCUAACUUUGACCUCCGACCUGGUGUUAUUGUCAGGGAUUUGGAUCUGAAGCGACCUAUCUAUCAGAGCACUGCCUGCUAUGGACAUUUCGGACGCCCGGAAUUCCCCUGGGAGCAACCCAAGAAGCUGAAAUUCUGAGACACACGGAGAGAGACACACGGAGAGAGACACGGGGAGAGAGAGACACGGGGAGAGAGACACGGGGAGAGAGACACGGGGA